AUGUACGGAGUCGGGACGACCGAUUCUAAUUUAAUUUACGAAGUAAAUGACAAAGGAGAGCGAGUGGUCGUGAAAUCUCUUGUGUCGUCGCGACGGGCAUUCAUCCGCUUCACGAACCGUUCCUCCAGGCCAGUGGCGGUCUGGUGGAGGGACUUCCAAGGUAGGAAGCAGCAUUACAUCAAUCUCGACCCGACUGACUUUUUCGAUAUUAAUACGUUUGUCACCCAUCCGUGGGAGUUUUCUGAUGCUGCAACCACAGACGUCUUCGUGAUAAACAAUAAGGAGAUAUUUCGACCACCUCCUAUUGUAGGUCAGGUCUUGUUUAGGACUAAUUGGAAUAUUACUGUACCGGUGCGACAGCUGAGGAGAGUAGCCAUGUUAUGUGUAGCAGUGCGGUUGAGGAAUGUGGAAGCUGUUGAUGCACUUGGCCUCCCUCGGGUUCUGGCCCAGGAGUUGCGAGAGAUGGUGGCAAAAAUCCGGAGGGAGCUUACUUCAGCACGCAUACCUUAA